AUGGGUAAAAAAAUUAAAACCGAGUCUGCGGUUGCCUCUGAGGUAUCGCCCACAGCUGAAAAAGAAUCUUCUUGCGAUGCUAUUGUUCCCGGUACGUUGUCUCCGAUAGCCCAUCCGCUUGCAGAUGCAAAGCUUUACAAAAAGAUACUCAAGACCGUCACAAAAGGUAUCCCGCGGCUUGUAAUUUUGGCUGGCGAUGUCAGUCCAAUGGAUGUCCUCAGUCACCUCCCAGUUUUGUGCGAAGAUAAUGCUAUUACGUACGUGUUUGUGCCUUCAAAAAGCGCCCUCGGCUUGGCCUCGUCGACUCUUCGUCCAACAUGCUGCAUAAUGCUCCCAGAACCUGACUCCAAAUCCAAUUCCGAGUAUAUUUCAUAUUUCGAGGAAAGCCGUAACAGAUGCAAAGAUUUGUUGCUUAAAGCAAAUUAA